UGUGUAUUAGACUGUACGUGCCAGUUCAUUGAGUGAAGUAAAAUGGGUCUUCAAACAGCUUAGGUUCAUGUUAUCGUCCAACACUUUGUUUUACCCUUACCAACAAAAUAAGAAGUGUUAUGUGAUGUUAUAAAGUACUGUUUUGAUAUUAUAUUUGCUUUAUGUGUUCUAAUCUUCCACCCAGACCUGUCCUUACAGCAGUCUCUACAAGAUAUGCCACAGACAUCAAGACUCGAGAAGGCUGAAGAAGGCCUGUUUGUGGUUCAGUCUCCACAAAAUCAACAAAAGCUAUCUUCAAGGACCAAAAGUAUUGAGAAGGUGCUUUCACCUCUGCGGGAUCACCCAGUGACCUCUGCAGCAGCAAAGGCUAACGAAACUGGAGCCCCCACUCUGCAAACAGGUCUACAGGAGGCUAAGCAGACGAUUGAGGAUCAAAAAAAAGAGAUUGCCAUCCUAAAAGACUGGGUAGACACACUUAAAGAGGAGCGAGAUUUUCUCAGGGAAAGACUCAAAGAGGCUCUUGCAGUAAGAAGUGAUAAGGGUGGGGAUGUGGCCAGCAAUAUUCCACCUAUAAGGCAGGCAUCUGGACAAAGGAAACUGGAGUCAAAUGUAACUGAUUCAUCAUCCUCUGAUUCAUCAUCUGAUUCAGAGCCAGAUUCUGAGUCCUCAGGGGCUAAGAAAGCUAAGAAGAAAAAGUCCCAUCCAAAAAAGGCCAAAAAAAUGGGCAAGAAACUAAGAGUCAAAACCCCUGACGACUCCAUCCGCCGCUACAACAUGGUGUUGGAGAAGAUUAAAAAGGAUCACAUCAGCAAAGCUGAAGCUUAUGCAAGGCUUGGGGUAGAUCGAAAUACCAUCGUGUCGCAGGCUCCGAUUGCCGAACUUGCAGCCGCUAACCCAGAUCUGUUCCGCACGUUGAGGUCCACUUUUAAAAGAAAGGACAGCCUGAAAGGGUUUGCUGAAACUUGCAGGGGUUUUUGUGAGCAGGAGCCUACAGCUUCAGCUAUCCUAAAGAAAAAAGCCGACGGAUCCUUACUGGAUAUUUACAAGAACUAAGCUAUGUUCUGUAUGCCAUGUGUUUGUGCUAUUUAUUUAUUUGUUUACUGUAUUUUUUUUUUUUUUGUUCAGCAUUAAAUAUUUCAUGAGGAGUUAAUGCCAGUAGCUUGAAGGUGGCUUCUUUCCUUAAAAAUACUAAGCUGUUGUGUUCUGUUGUUGCUUUUUUUCAUCUUUUUUUCUCUCUAAAAGUUAAUGGUAGAAUGGUGGAAUUUCUUCUCAGCUCUUUCCAGGCGUUGAUGUUGAUUUUACUGGGACCAGAACUUGGUUACUGUUCAAGAAUAAAACAGAAAGUUAAGAUC